AUGUCAUCCGUCUCUCUGUUCCAAGAACACAGGCCUCCAACGGUGCUGGUCCGAUAUACAGUUAACAGAACACCGCACGUUGCUGUCACUGAGCUGAAGGAGCGCGUCGUCAGUCGGUUGUCACCAUUCUCUUUCCAGGUGUCAAGCGUCGUUCAGCGACACGGACGCUGGGGAGCGCCAGAUCGAUGCCCGCCACCUCCGCGCUCGUACCUGCGCACGCACUCGCACACGCAGCCUCCCUGCGGGCGGCAGCGGCUGUCAGCGACUUACCUCGUCCCUGGCGCGGAGUGGAGCGGCGCUGCACGACGCGCUCACCACCGCUGCCGAGGCGCGACUCGGCCAGCUCACGCUUGCAUCGAUUGGCGGCUGGCCGUCUAUGACGUCAUGCGUACUCGGCCAAUAGCGUGGCGCGCCUUACAUAAUGGAGGCUGCAGGAGCCGGGAGUGCGCGUGCGCGGCAGCGCCGCCGCGGCCGUGUGCUUCCCCCCUUCAGCCCUCUACUAGCACCCCUGACCAGGCGGCCGGACUUCCACCACCAACGCGGAGCUCUCGGGUCUGCAUUAGCCGGCAGCCUGACACUACUCCUGGAAGUGAAGUCGUGUCGGCGGCGGAUUUCCGCCUCACGCGGCGCCGCGGCGCGUGCCCGCGCUGGCUGGUAGCCGGCGCUCGCGCCUGGCGGCUGCCUCCCGGAGACGCGCGGCUGCCACACGCCUUGCACGCGCCGCCGCUCCACAAAAAACACGCCUGCCCUCCUCCUCCUCCUCCUACACCGGCUGCUGCCCGGCCGCUGCGCACCGUCACCGAGCACAGCCGCGCCGGAAGCACUGGCCGCCUGGCGCGCGAGACUGGAUGUUGUCAUGUGAACUUGGCAUUGACACCGCCCACGCAGGAGGCGGCGGCGGCGCGUCGCCGCUUUAAGACAAGACGGACGGAAUUAGUCUGGACGCUUUCCGCGGGUCGCCGGAAGACCGUCAAGUCGAACCUAGGCUGCAUUAAAGGGGAUGGCGCCGCCACGUCCGCCCCAGCACGGCCCACAAGUCCUGCCGCCGCCCCACAGCGGCGAGGGAGACGGGGGUCCGGGGUGGAGAGCGGAGGCACCAGCGCAGCGUCGCCGACACUGGAGCUCGUAGCUCCAGCGCGGCGGGUCCCCGUCGGUCCAUGCCGAGAGCAACAGCGACCACUGCGGCCGGAACAAGUCGCGGACAGAGUGCGUCCGAGCAAACAAAAGCGGCGACGUCGCAGUAUCGGGGAAAGUGAAGAGAAGCCGCGGUGCGAACGGCGCGCGCCCCGCUCCGCCACUGGCCGGCGGCCCGGCACCGCAGGCGCGGCCUCGCAUUCAUUAACGGCCGAAAAGUUCCCAAAAAUAAUUGUCAGUUUCAAAAUAAAUCGGCGCUAUCCUGGUCGCUUACCUGACCUGCGCUGCGGGCUGCGGCGUCCGCGUCCGCGUCUCUGCCGUCGGCGGCGGUGGCGGUGUGCCCGCGCGGCGGCGCUGCGCUCGCCGGCCGCCCCCCACCACCGCGCCGACGUCGGCGCCUUACCUUCCCCCGACCCGCCGCGCCCCUCUCCCAGCGCCGGCACCCCCCCUCCCCCUCCCGGACGCCGAGGCGCGGCCGUCUCCGCAACCCCUUCCCGCCGCGUGCGACUGCCGAGCGCUCCCGACUCUAGCCGACAGUGGCCGACGCGCAAAAGUUUUCCACACACUCUCAAUGUCAAGCUGCGUGCCGCAGAGCUCUCGUGCUAA